AUGGCAUUAGAAGCUAAUAACGAAGCCAUACAAUGCAAAGUCUUUUCAACGACAUUCUCCGGGCCAGCUCUGUUAUGGUUCCGACAAUUAAAGCCCGGGGCGCUCAACAGUUUUAGUGAUCUCCAACGGACCUUCUUACAGCAGUACAGCGCAAACCGAGAGGUGCCCAGAACAAUGGCCGAUCUCUAUCGGAUUGAACAGGGGGAGAAUGAACAUCCAAAAGCAUACUUACAGCGUUUCAUUGACCUCGUGCAUCAAAUCCACUACGUCGACCCACUCACCGCAGAAAAUCUCUUCGUCAAAAGCCUGCAGGUGGGAUCUCUCUUACAUGAGAAUCUCACCAUGACACCUCCAUACGACAUGGCAGACGUGCAGACCCGAGCCGAGGGCGUCUUCAGGGUAUUAGAAUUUCGAGAGCGCGCACAGAAGAAGUCUGCACUCAUCUCUGCUCCGCCAACAAAUAAUCCUCCACCACCUGCCAAGGAUGACAAGAGGAAACGGAACCAAACAGAUCAUACGAAGGAAGGAAAAAGGCCAAGACAGGAUCGACAGCCAUCACGAUACCCAUCCUUCAAAUAUACCGUCCCGCAAGAAGUCAUUUAUGAAGAAAAUAAAGACAGACCUAUCUGGCGAGAGCCCUACAAAAUUACCACUCCAUCUGACAGAAGGGAUAAAAGCAGAUACUGUCUCUUCCACAAAGAUCACGGUCAUACGAUCGCUGAAUGCCACAAUUUGAACAAUCAGAUCCAAGCCCUCAUGAGGAGUGGGAGGCUUACCCAAUACAUCAAGGAGACGGGCAGACCAGGCACCUCGCGGUAG